UGUUGGGUUCUGUUUGGACUGUAGUCAGCGUGGCGCUCUGCGAGAGACAUACUGCCUUGGAUCUGUAAACUAUUGGAAGGAAAGUUCCUUGUCUACAAGGAAGGUAGUUGGGUCAUUCCACCUCACGAGGAAGACCACGAGGAAGAUCGCUUCCUCACCCACCAUCUCAGAUUGGUCCGACAUCCUUUCCUGAGGUCGUAACCGCCCCCCCUAUCAGCCAUGAGCAGCAAACCCCAGCCCCCUCUGAUGAAGAAACACAGCCAGACAGAUCUGGUGAGCCGGCUGAAGACCAGGAAGAUACUGGGCGUCGGAGGAGAGGACGAUGACGGAGAGAUACACAGGUCGAAGAUCAGUCAGAUGCUCGGAAAUCAGAUGAGGUUUGGCGUACGAGAGCCAAUAGGCCUCAGGAUAUGGAUUCUCAUGUCUGCUGUUCUGUUCACAACCAUAGCCUUAAUAGCUCUAGUGUUCCCCAGUCAGCUCUAUGAGUUUGUGUUUGAGCUCAGGACCACCAGGAUCUCCAUCAGACUCUAUGGAGGAGCACUACUCAAUGGAACAGGUGUCUCAUUGAUCAUGUGGAAAGGUCUGUACACAGCAGAGAAGGCCAUUAUCCAGUGGACCCUGCUGACAGAGGCCUGCCUCUUGUCUGUCCAGUUCCUGGUGACCAGCAUCACCCUGGUGGAGCUGGGUCUGAUGUCGAACUCUGCCAUCCUCCUCCUCCUCAGUGAAGUCCUCUUCCUCAUCAUCACACUCCUCUACUACUACCACCUGGGUCGCAGGACCAAGAAGACCCAGAACCAUACACAUAGUGCUGAUUAGACCCAGAACCAUAUACAUAGCUCUG